AUGGGCGGCCAGGUGAGCGCUGCCAGCAGCUUCCCGAGCCUGCGCUGUGGGAACGCCAACGCGGACUGGAUGACGGGGCUGUGCCCCCAGCUGUGGGACGUGCCCCUCCACCACCUCUCCUUCCCAGGUGGGAUGCUUUCUGUGGUGCUGCGCAUGUGGCCCUCCAGCUACGAGGGGGCCGAGCUUCUUCUCAGCAGAGCCUGCCUUUGUGCCUGGGCAUCUCCUGCUGUCUGCGACCCAUUCACGAGGCACUACAGCUCACAGGCUCAGCUGGGGGACAUUCUGUUCUCUGGAUCUGCCCAGCACCCCCACUGUGGGAAGGGCCAGUGCACACCUCAAGGAAGAAAGGUCCUGUCAAGUACCCUGAACAGUGAGGCUCUGGGAUCCUCAAUGCUCUGUAAACAAGGAAGCGGGCUAUUCGCUCACCUCCUGGCCAACCUCAGGCCCAUCAAGGACGUGGGUCCAAGUAGCUCCAGCACCAGGUGUGGCCAGAAACUCUGUCCCUUCCAGGAGGUGCCGACACUGCGCCUGCUGUGGGCGCAGAGCCAGCAGGUGAUCAUCUUUUACGAGGACGAGGACACCGUGAGCUGGCACAGGGAGCUGUCACCGGGGGUCUGCUACUGGUGGGGCAACAAAGUGAAGGUGCAGGAGCUGAUCCGCUACCUGGAGGGCAUGAAGAGCUGCAGCCGCCCAUGCGGGUUGUUUGUGGCUGGCAUCAACCUUAUGGAGAACCUGGAAUACAUCCUGGUGCAUCCGUGUGAGUCCCUGCAGAAGAUGACGGUGCCCGAAGUGCCGUACCUGAGCACCUGGGUCCGAGCGCAGUGCCCGGGGCUGGGCUCACGGUGCACCAACGUCAUCGCGGGUGACUUCAUCGGCGCGGACAGUUUCGUCAGUGACGUCAUCAGACUCAACGAGAAGCUGCUUUGGUGCUGA